AUGGUCUCUCCAAGCCACAAAACAAACGGGAGUCAAUCCAACCUGCCCGGUUUUAAGCUGGCCUAUUGUAGAUGGGGAUAAGUUGAUGCACUCAUGAUAUCUUCUGCAUAAGUCGAUGCACAAACGGGAGUCAACCCAACAUGUCUUCUGCAACAUAUAUUCCUUCCCCUCAUAACAUUUAUGGGCUCAUAUGUCAGCUGUGAUGGUUGCCAGGUUGGAGAAAGGGGCGUCCAAUUAUCAGGAGGCCAAAAACAGAGAAUUGCAAUAGCCAGAGCCAUUCUUAAAAAUCCUCCUAUCCUUUUGCUUGAUGAAGCCACUAGCGCCCUCGAUUCAGAGUCUGAAAAGCUGGUUCAAGAAGCACUUGAGUCAGCUACGCAGGGAAGGACUGUCAUCUUGAUCGCACACAGGCUCUCAACAGUUGUAAAUGCAGAUAUCAUUGUUGUAGUCGAGAAUGGACAAGUUGCGGAGACAGGAACACACCAGAGUUUGUUAGACACAAGCAGAUUCUAUAGUACAUUAUUUAGCAUGCAGAACCUUGAACUAGUUGCUGAACCCAGAGCUACGAUUUCAAAGACUAAAAGUGCCCGCCAAGAAGAUUUUCCUACUGAAACUAGACCACCAGUAGAAGUGCAGGGAGAGGUCCAAAAGAAUAUUACCGAGCACUCUGUGCUAAAGGAACACAACAAAAUGGGCAGCGGAAAAAGAAAUAUAUUUUUCAGAAUUUGGUUUCGUCUUAGAAAGAGGGAGCUAGUGAAGGUUUCUAUUGGCUCAAUUGCAGCAGCUUUCUCUGGUAUCUCAAAGCCAUUUUUUGGGUUUUUCAUCAUCACCAUAGGAGUAGCAUACUUUAAGGAAGAUGCAAAAACGAAAGUUGGACUUUAUUCAGCCAUCUUCACUGCAGUAGGGAUGCUUUCAUUAUUCAGCCACACCGUCCAGCAUUACUUAUUUGGAGUGGUUGGAGAAAAGGCCAUGGCAAAUCUCAGACGUGCUCUGUAUUCAGGUCUGCUACGUAAUGAAGUAGGUUGGUUUGACAAAUCAGAGAAUACUGUUGGUUCAUUGACUUCACGCGUUAUCAGUGACACUGCCAUGGUCAAAGUAAUCAUUGCUGAUCGAAUGUCUGUAAUCCUGCAAUGUGUUUCCUCCAUACUGAUAGCAACAGUUGUCAGCAUGGUUGUCAACUGGAGAAUGAGUUUGGUAGCUUGGUCUGUGAUGCCCUGCCACUUCAUAGGUGGUCUUAUUCAAGCCAAGUCUGCCAAAGGAUUUUCUGGUGACUACUCUGCAGCACAUUCUGAGCUUGUUGCUCUUGCAUCCGAGUCUACAACCAACAUAAGGACUAUUGCCUCAUUUUGUCAUGAAGAACAAGUAUUGAGGAAAGCCAAAACAUCCCUAGAAAUUCCAAAGAAAAAGUAUAGGAAAGAAAGUAUCAAAUAUGGGAUCAUUCAAGGCUUCUCCCUUUGCUUAUGGAACAUUGCACAUGCUGUUGCUCUGUGGUACACAACAAUUCUGGUUGACAGACGUCAAGCCAGCUUUGAAAAUGGAAUAAGGUCAUACCAAAUUUUUUCUCUCACAGUUCCUUCUAUCACAGAAUUAUACACGCUGAUCCCAACUGUCAUCUCGGCUAUCAAUAUACUGACCCCAGCAUUCAAAACCCUUGAUCGUAAAACUGAAAUUGAACCAGACACACCAGAUGAUUCACAACCAGAGAGGAUCCAAGGAAAUGUAGAAUUUGAAAAUGUAAAAUUUAACUACCCUUCAAGACCCGAAGUCACCGUUCUUGAUAAUUUCAGUUUACAAAUUGAAGCUGGAUUGAAGGUGGCUUUUGUUGGACCAAGUGGAGCUGGAAAAUCCUCUGUUUUGGCCCUUUUACUACGAUUUUAUGAUCCACAGGGAGGAAAGGUGUUAAUUGAUGGAAAAGACAUAGGGAAAUAUAAUCUAAGAUGGUUAAGGACACAAAUAGGACUAGUACAACAAGAACCACUGCUUUUUAAUUGCUCAAUCAGAGACAACAUUUGCUAUGGCAAUAAUGUGGCUUCUGAAAGUGAAAUAGUGGAGGCUGCUAAAGAAGCAAACAUACAUGAAUUUGUAAGUAAUUUACCAAAUGGAUAUAGCACUGUUGUUGGAGAGAAAGGCUGCCAGCUUUCCGGAGGUCAAAAGCAAAGAAUAGCCAUUGCCAGAACAAUACUAAAGAAGCCUGCAAUUUUACUCCUUGACGAAGCAACAAGUGCUCUUGAUGCUGAGUCUGAAGGAAUUAUAGUAAAUGCCUUAAACGCAAUACAUCUGAAGGAAGACCGUGGAUUGCGUUCAAGGACCACCCAGAUAACAGUAGCUCAUAGGCUUUCCACAGUGAUAAACUCAGAUACUAUAAUUGUCAUGGACAAAGGUAAAGUUGUACAGAUGGGUUCCCACUCGACCCUAAUAACAGUAGAGUCAGGACUUUAUUCAAGGAUGUUCAGGUUACAGAGCUUCGAAGAAACUUCGUAG